AAAGUGAACCAACCGGAUCUUUUUCCUAUUUUACCCUUUGUGUCUGUCGUCUUCGUCUCUUCUCCUUCCAUCAAAAUUCCAUACUCGUACUUACCAGCUUCAAAUUCAUCACAUUCAAAAUCUCCAAACUUUGACUACACGUAACCUCCAAAUUCUCUUAACAUUUUCUGGAAAAUGGGCAAUCGAUCCAGCAAAACAAGAGACCAGAGCUCAAAUCACCGGCAACCACCACCGGAUUCUGCACCGUCGCCGCCGGCGACCACCUCCAGCUCAGAUGACUCACCCGAUUUGACUUCCUACGAGUCGGCAUGCGAAGAGGAUCCAGACCUACGCGCCUUCGAUUCAGCUCUCCAAGCUCGAACCACUAAAGCCAUCAACUCUGUCGCCGUCACACUCGACUACCGCGCCCUCUCCCUCGAUUCUCUCCGCGAGGUCACCUUGUGCUUCCUCGAGAUGAACCAGGAGGUGGUAAACCUAAUUCUCGAAAGCAAAAAGGAUAUUUGGAAAGACCCGGACCUCUUCGAUCUCGUCAAGGAGUACCUGGAGAACAGCCGACACACCAUGAAUUUCUGCACCGCCCUCGAGGAUGCCUUGCAGAGGGCCCAUCACAGCCAGUCUAUACUCAGAUUCGCAUUACAGAAAUUCGAGGAGGAAUCCGCUAAGAUUACUGAACCGGGGCACGAUUCAGUUCAGCUCUACUCCAAGACGCUAGCGGAGUUGAAGAAAUUCAAGGAUGCCGGGGACCCAUUCACCGAGAAGUUCUUCUCCUUGUUCCAUUCCGUCUACAAACAGCAAGAAUUGAUGUUGAAUAAGAUGAAGGAGAAGAAGAGUAGACUCGAUAAGAAGCUGCGGAAGGUGAAGUCAUGGAGGAGAAUAUCCAAUGUAAUCUUCGCAACCGUGUUUGUCUCUGUACUGAUUUGCUCAGUGGUGGCGGCUGUCGUCACGGCGCCGCCAGUGGUGACGGCUCUGGCGGCAGCGGCCUCGGUGCCCCUGGGGACUGUGGGGAAAUGGAUAAACAAUAUGUGGAAGAAGUAUGAGAAUGAUCUUAAGAGGGAAAGGGAGAUCCUGACUACAAUUGGAGCUGGGAAUUAUAUUGUGAUUCAAGAUUUGGAGAGCAUCCAGCGUUUGGUGGAUAGAUUGCAGGAACAGAUCCAGGGAUUGUUGUACAAUGCUGAUUUUGCUAUGCAGCAAAAUGAUGCAGUGAGUAGUGCAAUGGAGGACAUCAAGAAGAAUGUCAUUUCUUUCAUGGAAACCAUUCAGGUUUUGACUGACCAAGCUGAUAAGUGUAGUCGAGAUAUCAGGAUGGCACAUGCAGUAAUCUUGAAAAAGAUUAAUGAACCCAGCCCUAGCAGCUCGGGCAAUGGCAUGUUCUCUAUUUAGGAUUGCACUCCAAUCCCGAGAGCUUAUAUACUGGUGUCCACAACAAGGCUAAUUCCUUACCCUUGGUAGGAAUCACGGUAUGCUCGCUCUUUGAUUGACCGCCUAUAUGUAUGUAUGUUGUAACAGAUUACUUGCACUCAUUGCACCUAUUGGUUUUGUAUCUACCCCUGCCAAGAAAUGACAUGUUUAUGAUCUUCAUCAUUGGCAAUCUGAUUAUUAUAGGAUUUAUAGCCAUUACUAUGCUAAAUGAAUAGAAAUCCAUCUUUCAGCAGAA